UUUUUCUCCGUCUCUUCUCUCAUUCGCUUCUCGUCGGCAGAGCACAACAAAAUAAGAAAUACAUAUAUCUUGUCGUGAAUAUGAAAUUGUCCCUGCACCGAUUCGCGCCAAUAUUCCUGCUCCUGCCAAGGAAAUGAAAACAAAACGUAAAACCAUAACAUAACUGGACCCAACUAAGACAAGCCGUGCCUCCACCAUUUUGAUUUCCCCACUCGUCGUGCGUGCGUGCUGCGGACUGGUCCAUGAUGCCAGUAAAAUGUGCAAAACCGAACAUAAAACAAAUUUAUCCUAUUGUUAUCUAGUAAGCCAUGGAGCGGGUUUUUCCUGAAGACGCGGCCCACUUGAGCGAAGCGAGGAAGCAGAUAUUGGAAGUAGCCAGGAAUCGGCCGGGAACCCAAGUGGCCAAGUGCAUCCGCGCCUACGAUGAGCAACAGGAGCUCGCCUUGCUAGUUGUCCUCCUGGAAGAGCUCUCCAAGAACACGGACUACUCCACGGAUCUACGGAUAUCACUGGGAUAUUAUAUUGAAGAGCUACUGCGCCACUGCUUGGGACGAAAUGAUGUCUCCCGAAGAUCGGCCAUUGUGGCCGCGGGAAGUGCCCUCCAGUACUGCGGCAAGAUCUAUGGAGACCGAGUGGAGUACUUGUACCAGGUGGUGGAGCACCAGAUCGAAGCCCUGCUCACAUCGGAGUUGCAGAAGGAGACGCCCAGCGGAAGUGCUGCACCGGAGAAAAACGAGCGCAGGCCGGAGGAAACGCGCAAACGUCCCGCUAAAAAGCUAACUAACAAGGAAGUUGAUCCCUAUUUGCUCACGUUGGAACCGAAAAGGUUUAAGACCAUGUCGGACGACAAACGCUUUAGCGCGGCGGGCUUUGUAAAGUGCACGAGAAAUCGGACGAUAGAAUACCUUUAUCAGGAUCACACGCCGCCCAAUCUGUGGAAACAUGCGCCAAUUGUGGAUCCUCACAAUCCCUACGACCAGGAUGAGAAAAAACAGUACAAAAUGUUUACGUACCACGUAGAGCAUAGAUACAAUACGCUUCUGCCAGAUAUUCCCUUUGAAAGGCUGAAUCUCAUUAAGGAAUAUGUGCACACAAAUCAGGUGAACACCACGGAGAUUCUUAAUGAGCACAUGACCACAAAGGAAUAUCUGGACGAGUAUAUUGCGCUGGAGAAUCAAAUGCUAGCAGCCCGCUAUGGAGCCAUUGUCACAACGAGAAGAAGAUUGUUUGAUUCAGUGAGAUUAAUGGAGGACAAUUUGGAUGAGGGACUGGCGAAUGAAAUGUGCAUGGACAAGAAUCUGACAAUGGACACGGACGAAACUGUUCCUAUUGACCAAUCUUUGGUGGAUGAAAACAGCAGGUCCUUAACCACAGCCGACUCCACGAUGGACGUCAGUCAGGUGGAGAACUCUACUUUAAACAUUAGCGGAGUCGAGGCGACUUUAAGCGUCAGCCAGGCAGAAAACUCCUUAAGCGUUAGCCAAGAAGAGAAUCCUCCGCUGAGCAGCACAUUAGCCAUUAACGAGUCUAGUGUUCUGGACAGCACGAGAGUUGAUCCCAUUAAAGAUCUCACUCUAGAGGAACUGCUGCUAAUCGAUUCAGGGAUCGGUUUGGAAGAGUUUUCCGAUAUUCAAAUGCAUACAGGUAAAGCAAUGGCAUUCCAACGCUCGGCAAGCGUACUAAGGAUAAGGGUUUUUUUUAAUCCUUUGUUUAUGGUUUCAAAUACUUACAUAUUUGUUUUUCUUUACUCUUUUAUUUUGGCACUUGUCAAACACUUGCAUCCCUGCAUUGCAUUUGUCACGGCAGGCCAGUCUUUUGAUGAUGAGGGUGUUGUUCUUUCAGAUUUAGAAGAUCAACGCCAGUUGUCGCCCAUGUUGCAGUUGAUUAGCCAAUCGGUAGAGCCAAAAACCAUUAAUAUCAUUGAGAUGGAUGCCGAUCUUAUCAUGAAUGUUCCAAGGGAGGUAAGCUAUCCCAUUCUGCUGAAUGUUAUGGGUCUCCCCAUAAAACGCCUGCGUCGGAAAUGCAUCUUUAAACUUCCACCUGAGUUCGACUUAUUCAGGCAAGCACGACUUCCUACCAAGCGAGAGGCGCAUCCAAAAUCCCCAACCACUCCCAGAGCUGUAUUGCAAAUUGCACGAGAGGCUUCCCUAAAUGAAAGAGAAACCGGCUCCCCCAGUAACUUAGAGUUUGAUAGGGAUUUUAAUUUUCUGGGUUUCUACCAACGCCGAACCACAUUUGACUCGGGCUUCGAUAUCAACGAGGUGCGUGUCUCAGGUUGUGUCUCCACCAUCGGAGAAGUUAAAACUGAGCUUGAAGACGAGCCUGAAGCCAACACCAAUAACUUAACUGAUGUGAGCGCCAGCGACGCCUUGAAUGAGAAUGUGAACGCCACAAUGGAAAGUGGGCUUGGAGAUUCACUAGUGCAGGAAUUAAACGCUUCCACAGAACCCAAUGCGGAGAACAAUACCGCAAAUUCAUCGCAACUUGAAGUGACUGCAACAGAAUCGUCCGGAAUGCUAAGCGGACUGGAAACCACAGUGGAUUUAGGAAUGGAGAGCGCGUUAGUUAGUUCUGUAUUGGAUUUAAGUACUGAACCGAGUGCAAUGGACAGUAAUAUUCUAAAUGUCCCCCAACCUGACAAUUCAGACCUAGACAUUUCAACUGUGCAGGACCAAGAUACCUUACAUGACGAAGCAGAUGCAAAUGAUUUGCCUGCUGAAACAGCCAAUCCAGGUGUCGACGACAGCUCAUUGAUCCGGGACUGGCAUAGACGAUUGGCUCCUGCUUUGGAAGCAGCCCAUGAACGGCAGAAUUUCAACAUUAGGGACUUGGGCACCGAGAUCUUGGGCAUUUGCAAGGCGGGCAACGGAACAGCCACGUUGGCCGAUGUCAUGGCUGACAAGGAUCCUAGUAUCAUGUGUCGCUACAUGCUGGCUUCCCUGGUACUGACAAACCACGGAAACGUAUCUCUGGAUUUUGGAAAUCGCGAUAAAAGUAAGCCCAUCGACAUGUCUCAGUUUCGAAUGCAUUUAAAGAGUAUGAAGCGAAUGGAAAUUAAUCCCGAGGACGAUGUGGGCAACAUAAAUGCGGCCCAGACCAAAUCGACGCAGAGAAGUAAAGAGCUAAAUGAUUCAGCUAACAAGCCAGGAACACAAACGACGGCAUCUGCAGCCACAAAACGAAAGUCUGCGGAAGCGUCUUUAUCCGAGGUGUUUGCUAAAACUGUGCGAUUGAUACAGCCCAUCCCAAAGAUGUGGCCGACUCCUUCUGAUGCCGACUCGGGGAUAUCUUCGAUGGGCUCCUCAUUGGCAUCGACAGCCCGCCUGAAUUAGUAGCCGUGUUUCGUCUUAAAUGUGCUUAGUAGUGCUUUGUAGAAAAUAUCCAUUGCGUCCCGACCCAGUAGUAGUUUUUGUGCCCCCUUAUUCGAAUCCCAUUUUUAUGUUUAUUAUUUUCAGGCCGAGAGAUCAAUGCCCUUUUCCACGCGGUACAACAAGAUCAAGAUGCUGCAUUAGAUAUAAGUUCUUGCCAGAUUAUUUACCCGCAAUUGUGUACAAAUGUAAGUUUUAGUUACGUAUUAUUAGGAAGCUUGCAAUAGAAAGAAUGCUUUAGAUUAGGCUUAUCGAUGUAAGAAACAAUAUUUCUGUAGAGUAGUAGGCCAGUAUUAUCUAAGCUCGAUUUUCCUUAGCAUGAAGACGUUUUUUAGUUUUUGUUUCCUUCAUUUUUUCACUUAUUACGCUUUUAGUUGCUUUUGAAAUUUUCACAUUUUUAUUAAUUUCUAUUUCUUUUGAACAUUUUUGAUUUAUUUUACUUUACCUACGAAUAGAUUUACUUCGUAUUAUUAUUUCUAUGAUUUCCUAGAAAUUUUACACUCCUUUGAUUUAGAACAGAAAUAGACAAAUGAUUUUUUUGAUUGACGAAGCACGUGUUUUGGAAAUCCUUAUGAGCUGGUAGUACUAAAUUCAAGUACCUGAUCUCGUCUGUACAAAAGUAUAAACAUAAGAACUCUUCGGAAAUAAGUCAAAGUUCAAGAUAAAUUAAGGAUAAAGUGUAUAUAUGUAUGUAUUUACCAGAGUGCAAGCUAGUGUCUAUUUACAAUCAUUUUAAGAUAUAAUGUUUUUUCGUAAGUAUAAAGUGUAGUUCUUAAGGAAUAAAACGGAACCAUGCAAUCA